AGAGGCGUCUUCGACAUCUUCGGAACAUUGCUGCUCGGAACAUUGUUAAUAGAAAUGGUCAUCAACUUCUUGACACCUACUUCACACUUCACUUGUGUAAUGCUGAAAAGAUAUAUAAAGAGUUUUAUAGAAGUGAAGUGAUUAAGAAUUCUUUGAAUCCAACGUGGCGGAGUCUCGAUUUUGGAAUAAUGCCAGACCAUCUUGAUACAUCUGUGUCUUGUUUUGUGGUGAAGAUAUGGGGUGGAAAAGAGGACAUCUACCAGCUGUUGAUUGAAUGGAAAGUCUGUUUGGAUGGGCUGAAAUACUUGGGUCAGCAGAUUCAUGCCCGCAACCAAAAUGAAAUCAUUUUUGGGCUAAAUGACGGUUACUAUGGUGCUCCAUUUGAACAUAAGGGUUAUUCGAAUGCUCAGAAGAAUGUUCUUCUUCAGGUGGAGCAGAACUGUGUUCGUAAUUCUUAUGACGUUUUCUCUUUGCUACGGCUUCAUAGAGCCCAGUGUGCAAUUAAACAGACUCAGGUAACUGUUCAGAAAAUUGGAAAGGAAAUUGAAGAGAAGUUAAGACUCACGUCUACAAGCAAUGAGCUGAAAAAAGAAAGUGAAUGCUUGCAAUUAAAAAUUUUGGUGCUUCAAAAUGAACUGGAAAGACAGAAGAAAGCUUUGGGACGGGAGGUGACAUUAUUGCAUAAGCAACAGAUUGCAUUACAGGACAAAGGAAGUACAUUUUCAGCUGAGCAUCUCAAACUUCAACUCCAGAAGGAAUCCCUAAAUGAGCUGAGAAAGGAGUGUACUGCAAAAAGAGAACUCUUUCUGAAGACCAAUGCUCAAUUGACAAUUCGUUGCAGGCAGUUACUCUCUGAGCUUUCCUACAUUUACCCUAUUGAUUUGAAUGAGCAUAAGGAUUACUUUGUAUGUGGUGUCAAGUUGCCUAAUUCUGAGGACUUCCAAGCAAAAGAUGAUGGAAGCAUUGCUGUUGCCCUUGGUUACACUGCACAUUUGGUCUCCAUGAUUUCCUUUUUCCUACAAGUGCCCCUCAGAUAUCCUAUAAUCCAUAAGGGGUCUAGAUCAACUAUCAAAGAUAAUAUCAAUGACAAGCUGACUGAAAAGGAGAGAGAGUUUCCACUGUAUCCAAAAGGAGGGGAGAAGUUGCAAUUUGAUUAUGGUGUCUAUCUUCUGAACAAAAAUAUAGCACAGCUAAGAUAUCAACAUGGACUAGGGACUCCAGACUUGAGGCAAACCCUUCCAAACCUGAAAAACUUCAUGGAGCAUGGACUCUUGGUCAGGUGUGACAGACAUCACACCUCCAGUGCAAUCCCUGUUCCAAAGAGACAAAGCUCCGUCUUUGGGGGUGCCGACAUGGGCUUCUCCGGGGGGAUCCCUUCACCAGACAAAGGACAUCGAAAACGGGCUAGCUCAGAAAAUGAGAGACUCCAGUACAAAACCCCGCCUCCCAGUUACAACUUGGCACUAGCCCAGCCUGUGCCCAGCAUCCCUCCCGUGGGAGAGACAGACAGAAAGAUAGCAUCUCUGUCCUGCUCCUUGGACACCUCCUUGGACUUCUCCAAAGAAAGCAAGAAAAAAGGAGUCAAUCUGGGCGACAGCUUAAAUGGAGACCAUGUGGGUGCGUACCCUAGCCAAGAAGGAGAAGUCCUCCCCGGACACCCUGCCACUGUGAAUGGCACCCUCCUGCCCGGUGAGCAUGCCGGCUCUGCCAGCGUCCCACUGCCCGGUGCAUUCCAUCCGGUCUCGGAGGCUGAGCUCUGCUGCACUGUGGAGCAAGCAGAGGAAAUCAUUGGGCUGGAAGCCACGGGUUUCACCUCGGGUGAUCAGCUCGAAGCAUUUAACUGCAUCCCCGUGGACAGCGCCGUGGCAGUGGAAUGUGAUGAACAAGUUCUGGGGGAAUUUGAAGAGUUCUCCCGAAGGAUAUAUGCACUGAACGAAAAUGUAUCCAGCUUCCGCCGGCCUCGCAGGAGUUCCGAUAAGUGAGGCGAACAGACAGACAGUAGGACCAGGCAGGACCACUGCCUACAGAGAGGACACAGCUGCACUUAACCCUUUGUAAUAAUUAUGACACAAGAUGAAUAUUAAUGGAGGAUAUUCCUCAGAAAAACAGACUUGAGAAUAGAGGAGGGACUCAGGAUCAUUGUGUAUCAGUGGGCCAAAGUUAGAUUUUGCUUUCAAGAUUUGCUUUUCAGGCCUAAUGAUUAUUUUAAGGUAAAAGUUACCCUCUAGUUGAAAGAGCUCAUAGCUCAAGUCACCUUUUAGCGACUUGUCUGCUUUUUAUUUACCUUUCUAUGUUAUCCUCAGAGGGAAGAUGAUAAUAUAUAAGUAAUAUAAUGAACUCACCUUUAGUUUCUCAUAAGCGUUUGCCCUCUCCAUAGUUUAUAAACUAUGGGAAGAUGAAAUAUUCGGAAAUAGGUGUCCAUCGUCAACUGAAGGGUCCGUGGCCAUCCAGCAGAUUGACGAGGAAGAAGCACAGGAGCCCAUCUGUCCCCACCCCAGGCACCAGUUAGCCUGGAGACCCACUGCUAACCCAUCUUCCCAGUGGAUGGGCUAUACAUCCUGAACACCGAGCACUAAGAUUCACCAGUUCUUUAACCCGGUGACCAUGAUGUUCCAUCUCUUCCAGUCAGUCAUGGCCUUCCACCUCCCCUGCCAUACCCUUUAUGUGGCCCUCAAACUGAUGAAAAACUUGCCUCUGGUGCAUCCCCGGGGACCCUCAAGGAUCCCAAGGCUACUGUAGUCAGAUGGCACCCAAUCCCCCUUGGGGGCCAGAAUUUUUAUGUGGGCAGUUGCUGUGGUUGAGAACGGGGCAUGCUUUCUGGUGAUGCACUCAUCAGACAGAAAUCCCCAUCUGUAAAUCCCAUGUUAAUUUAUUAAACUUCAGUCAGAAAGAAGACACUGUACCCGAUGGAAUCUAGUAGAGAGCCAGGCUGUGUAGUAUGCCAACUGCAAAGCAGUUGAGAUAGAUCAAGAGACUAGAUGAGGCAUAGAGUACUAUUGGCAUGUGUGUCAUUUCAUAAAGAUUAAAUUAUGUUUUUGAAGUCCAUUUGUCAUUCCUGCAUUCAGAUUUCUUUUGCUGUUGCUUUAUAUGUCAUGUACCCAAGGACAUUGCCUCAGGGUUGCAAACUCUUUAAGGAAAAUUUAUCCAUAUAUCCAUGUAUUAUAUAGAAGAAUAAAAAUUAAGUUUACUUCA